CCAAACUUUGUGUGAUGCCAAUUUAGAAACCCUGAAACAACCCUACAGUGCUUGUCGAAAUUCCGGAGUUUUCUCUGUCCUGCUGGGUCAGGAAUCUGAUGUUCCUUCAACCCUAGCAGCAAUUGACCACCCUCCAUUCUCACUCCUAAAAUGAGGCAGUAUUCUCCAUGGCAACUGCAGCCCUCUCAGGCUGUCAGAGCUAAUCCUCCGAUCUCACUUCUUGUAAGAGGGAUUUAAGCAGCGGCACCCAUGCCCAAGAAUUCUUCACAAACAACUGGAUCUCAGAGCAGAGGGGAAACACGACCAGUUACAACAACAGAGGGGUAAACAGUACUCCUGCAAGGCCAUGAACUUCAGGGGCUGUCAGACUUUACUGCUCUUUCUAAUGCCUCUACUUCUAAUGGGGAGGUUGUUGGAGGGAAGGGGGCAGGAAUGGGGGUACUUGCAGGAAGCUCUCAAGGCCUUGGAUCCAUCCUUGGGGACAGAGGACAGUUCUCAGCUCCAGAAGGAUAAAACUGGGCUGCUUAUUGCCAAACUUCUUAACACAGUGCAUUGUUCAGAACGGCCUGGGGCAUCAGAAGACAUGUGUGAAAAGUGCCUGACCCCAGAUGUAGCUCUCUCCGUGCUGGAGGAUCAUGGGAACGAUUAUCUCAACGAGGAGGAGUACCAGCAAAUUUCCACAGUUUUACUUUACUACGUCAUUAACUUGCAAGAUCUCUGCGCGUCAAAUGUGUCCUCUCACCCUUCCCUAUCUUCUUCUUCCUCUUCAUCACGGAACAAUCAGUUCUACAUUACGGCCCUCACCAACCUGCAUCCAGCUGAGGACCACCGACACCUGUCACUGAAUGAAACAAACAGUAUUCUGAAGCUCAUCAACCAGCACUAUGACCCCUCUGGCCAAGACAUGUCCUCGGGUUUGCAAUGCAUUGAUGCUGCUCUUCUACUUGAAGCUGUAGAUGUAAGAGAUGAUAAAGGUGCAGAUGAGUCUUCAGUGCCCACAGUAGCUGCAGCCAUCAUCAGCCACAUCCUGCAGGGGCACUGUUUCAGACAAAGACACCUGCCAUCACCCGCCUUCUUCACCAGUUACAUAUUUCAGUCCUUAAAUCGAACAAACGACCUGCAGAUUAACAACUUGGAGCAGCUGCUCCAUCAGCUGGGAGUCGGUCAGGGAGGUGUAACAGGACGUUCGCACAAAGCAGAUGACCUUCAGGUGGAUGGUUGUUUACUUGAAACUGAAGACCUACAAGAUAAAGAGUGGGCACAAGUUUGUUUCUCAGCCAAUCAGCUAGUGGAUAUUUUUGUCCUGGAUUCUCAUUUGCCAAUUUCAAAGCACCACUUUGAACAAAUCUGCCCGGCCAUUAUUCAGCAAUUGCUGGCCAAUGCCUGCAAAUCUACCGUGGACAGCAAGAGAGAAGCUCUGCCUACUGCCCUCGAGAAGUACGGCUACAGUACAGCUGCUGUGCUGCUCAUCACCCUGGGCUCCAUGUUGGGAAUCUGUCUGAUCUUCUUCAACUCCUGCCAGGAGACCUACACACUCAUCCUGCAGCUGUUUGUGGGCCUGGCUGUAGGCACCCUCUCAGGAGACGCUCUCAUUUACCUCGUACUACACAUUCCAGCCCUCCAUGAGCACUCUCACAGUGGUGACGAUGACGACGAGGCUGAUGCUGAAGGAAAGGAGUACAUGUGGAAGAUUCUAGGAGUGAUUGCUGGAAUUUAUGGCUUCUUUUUGAUUAAACGUCUCUUCUCAUUUUUAGUUCCUUCUCAUGGUCAUGCUGACCGCAGUGAUGUUCCUUUAGAGCUGCACUGUAACAGUCAGUCAGAGAGAGGGAAGUCCAUCUCCACCAUCCAGCUGGGGCCGAUGGAAGAGCUAGAAUGUACAGAAGUAUUUCCUGAUAAUGCAGAUACGGGGAAUCCUUCACCUCUGAGACAAGGAGUUCCUCUGCUGGCCGUGAUGAUAACUGUUGGAGACAGCCUUCACAACUUUGCAGAUGGCCUGGUUGUCGGGGCAGCCUUCUCUGUUUCAGCUCAGACUGGUAUGGCGACCACAGUAGCCAUCUUGUGCCAUGAGAUUCCACAUGAGAUAGGUGAUUUUGCAGUGCUGCUCAGCUCUGGGCUCUCAGUGAAGACCGCAGUGCUCAUGAACUUUCUCAGCGCUCUAACAGCGUUUAUGGGCCUGUACAUUGGGCUUGUUGUGUCCUCGGAGACAGAGGUGCAGCAAUGGAUCUUUGCCAUCACUGCUGGGAUUUUUCUCUACUUGUCACUAGUAGAAAUGCUUCCAGAGAUGAGUGGAGUGAAGACAGGAAGACCAUAUAUCAUGUUCUUCCUGCAGAACCUGGGUCUCCUGACUGGGUGGACCUGUAUUCUGCUUCUGGAACUCUUUGAACAUAAACUUAAAUUAUAAUUCCACUCAGGCAUUGGGUUUUCACAUACUAAUCCAGUCGUUACUAGUCAAGAUAUAUAUAUCUUGAGAGUAUAUAAAGAGAGUAAUGAUUUAUUUUUUGUAAACUUACUUUAACUUAUCUUAUUAGAACAAUGAUAAACCAUAAUUUCAAUGUAUCAUUCUUCAUAUUAACUGUAAAAUGUGACACGCAAGAUUAAAACCUCUUUGUUUGACUUAAGCUGCUUUAAAAAUAAUUUCCCCAACAUGCUGCUCUGUCAGUUUUUUAUUUUAAGGCCACUGUAGAGCAAGAGGCCAUUUCCACCCACCCUGAGGCACUUGUUUUCUUCAUCCACCAACCCAGGUGACUAAUGCUGGCUGUAGGAUACAGUGAGGCUCUGGAGUGAUCCAGCCCACACAGCAAACAAGCUCUGCACACACCAGAGUGAGGCUCCAACAAGAGGCAGUUAAAGAUAUAAUGGUGGUGAACAUGUUGGUAAAGCAAAGAGAAAGAAACAGUUUUAUUAAAUGUCAAAUAUUGGAUGUCCAACACAACUGUAAUCUUAAAAUCUUAUGUUACAUACAUUUAACUUGACUGUUGUGAUUUGAUUGUUGUCCUUUAUCAUUUUCAAUUUAAGUAAAAAAUGUAAUUUGUGCUGCUGGGGAUUAAAAACUUAGAAUUUGUGGCUAAA